AUGGGAGUCACAAGUAGUGGUGAAGGAUCUGAUGAAAGACAUCCUUUUGUCCUCAGAUCGAAAUCUUCUUGGCUGGGACCAUCUGUGGGAACAGUUGAUAUUCAUAAAGAGAACGUUUCAAGAAGAAAAAUUGGUAUUUUGACCAGGACCCCUAAGAUUAUUGUGCCAGCCAACCUUGAGCAGUCAGUUUAUUAUAUUCAAAAAGCUAUCAAUUACACAAUUUUAGAUUGGACAUGGCUUAAGGUGAGUACCCAGAAUAUGAAAAUGGGUAGACUGCCACACACAGCAAUUCCAACUCAGAAGCCCCCAAUUACCCCUAUGACAGGGAAGGGGACAUUUGUGCAGGACUCCUAUAAAAAACUGGAGACAGUGUGUCCUCCAGUGGUACCAAAUGGUUAUAUACCUAGCCCAACCUGUAAUAUGACUCCCUCACAGCAGAGCCCUGUUAUGACAGCUUCUGUCAAUCAAAGAAAUAGAACUUACAGCAGCACUGGGAGCAGUGGUGGAAGCCACCCAAAUAGUCAGAGCAGCAAUUGGGAGUACAGUAGAAGUGGGAGUGUGGGGGUUCCCAUCACUUUUACAAAUCUGUCUCCUCCCAGCAGCAUUCCAAGUCAACUUGUUCAGUUCUACAGCAUGAAUAGGCCUGCCUCUCACCAUAUGCCACCUACAAUAGGGGUCUUAUUGCCCUAUAGAUGCCCUCCUUCCAUAACUUUACAAACAAGCCUUCAGAACCAGAUGAAUGGAGGUCAUUUUUAUAACCAGAAUCCAGUCUCAGACAUACCAUCUCCACCACCUCCUGUGGAAGAGCCAGUCUUUGAAAAAUCCCUACCUCCACCACCUCCUCCAGAAGAUUAUGAAGAGAAGGAAGCAGCUCUGGUUGAGUACAGUGAUCCUUAUACUGAAGAGGACCCACCAUGGACACCACAGUCUUACUUGGAAAAGGUUGUGGCAAUUUAUGAUUAUACAAAAGACAAGGAAGAUGAGCUGUUCUUUCAGGAAGUAGCCAUUAUACAUGUCAUCAAGAAUAACGAUGGUUGGUAUGAGGGGGUUAUGAAUGGUGUGACUGGUCUCCUCCCUGGGAACUAUGUUAAAUCCAUCAUGCAUUAUUUGUAG